UUGUAAUUUAAUUGUCAAAAUGGUUGAUGAAGCAACAAAGAAAACUCUAGCAGCUAUACCUCUCCUCUCUAUAAGAGCCGGACCCCGUGACGGGGACAAGUGGGUUGAGAGACUCAAGGAGGAAUAUGUCUCACUCAUAAAAUACAUUAGUAAUAAUAAAGAGGCUGGUACAGACUGGUUUAGAUUGGAGUCGAAUAAAGAGGGAACAAGAUGGUUUGGUAAAUGCUGGCAUGUUCAAGAUCUCCGUACCUAUGAGUUUGAAUUAGAAUUUGACAUUCCAGUGACAUAUCCAGCCACAGGGCCUGAGAUAGCCAUACCUGAACUUGAUGGUAAAACAGCAAAGAUGUACAGGGGUGGAAAGAUAUGUUUGACGGAUCAUUUCAAACCACUUUGGGCAAGGAAUGUCCCCAAAUUUGGUAUUGCUCAUGCCAUUGCUUUAGGAUUAGGUCCGUGGGUUGCUGUUGAGAUUCCCGACCUAAUCCAAAAAGGUUUUGUAAAGCACAAAGACGAAACGAACUCAGAGCAAUAAACGCUAAUGAAUAGCCUGUUUUAUAUUAUAAAUAAUUUAUUAUUAUUUCUAUUUGCACUCUUUUCAUUACAGCCAAUGAAUAAAAUUAA